GAUCAGCUUCGGUCGCCAAGUUUUGUUUCUGCAUCGGUGACAGUUCCAUGCUUUUCAGGCGAAUCUCUAGAAAAACCGUAAAUUUUCAGCGCUCCUUGUGAAAUUUGUAAGAACAAUUGCCAACCAUGGACGAGAUUGAUGAUUUCUUCGAUUUCUCGAAACCUUUUGAGCGGAAGACGGUCAAUGCGGGCUAUAUUAACGGGCGGACAACGGUUCAGGGUGGGCUGAAGCAUGAGAUCGUGAAGCGUGAGGAAAUCGGCCAGGAUUAUGCCAAGAUUUACCGAGAGGCCGAAGAACAGAAGAUAUUGCAGAAUAUCGACGUUGCCUCAACCUCGGAAAUGGCAUCGUAUCUGGACCAAUUGGACGACAUCGAGGAUGCUGUUCCCAAGCGAAAAGUCGCCAGGACCGAUCUAACUACUUACGCCAGGUACAAUUUCGAUACUCGUAGCGAAAUCGAACUCCCCAUUCAUGCGUCUCGUGAGAAAAUCGUGGAGGCGGUUCGUGAGAAUCGCGUGAUAAUCUUGCAAGGAGACACGGGAUGUGGAAAGACAACUCAGGUGCCGCAAUUCAUUUUGGAGGAUUGCUAUCAACGAAUGGAGUUUUGUAACAUUAUUUGUACGCAACCUAGACGUAUUGCUGCGAUAAGUAUUGCUAAGAGGGUUUGCCAGGAGAGGAAAUGGAACCUCGGCGAGGUUGUCUCUUAUCAGGUGGGGCUCCACAGUACUGCCGGUGAAGACACUCGACUAUUAUAUUGUACGACGGGCAUUUUGCUACAAAAAUUGAUACAAACCAAGGACAUGUCUAACUUCACACACGUGAUUUUGGAUGAAGUUCACGAACGUGAUCAAGACAUGGAUUUUCUACUGUUCCUUGUGCGACGUUUGUUAACAAGUAAUUCACCUCACGUAAAAGUAAUUCUUAUGUCUGCUACUAUAGACGCACAAGAGUUUUCAGAGUAUUUCAAAAUCAUGCACAGAGGAACCUUGUUUCCUGCCCCUAUUUUAAGUGUCGAUUCACGAAGGUUAUUUACCGUUAAAGAUUUCUAUUUGUGUCAACUGGACCGUCUCAUGGUUAAUGUAGAAGUGAAUUAUGACGAACCUGGAAUCUCAGAAGAAAUGUAUAAGAUAGCAUUGAAACUUAUUGUAAUCUGUGAGAAAUUGGACUGCCAAGAUGAAGAAGUUCAAGCUUCGCCUUUUAAACCUUCCAUUUUGAUAUUUCUUCCUGGUAUCAAUGAGAUUGAGCGAAUGGAGAAAACAUUGCAAAGAUUAGAGAGUUUAAAAUAUGACAUCAAACUUAUUCCGUAUCGUUUGCAUUCAAUGAUAUCCUCCACCGAUCAGGAGAAAAUCUUUACCAGGCCACCACCGAAUUGCCGAAAGGUAAUUCUUUCGACAAAUAUCGCGGAGAGUUCGAUAACAGUGCCGGAUGUCAAAUAUGUAAUUGACUUUUGUCUGACCAAGUCCCUGGUAACCGACACGAGUACAAAUUUAAGUGCUUUGCAAUUGCAUUGGGCUUCCCGGAGUAGUUGCCGACAACGUGCGGGUCGAGCUGGUCGUGUGAGCAACGGUCGAGUUUACAGGCUUGUAUCUAAGCAAUUUUACGAUACAAUGAUGGAUGAAUAUGGAUCUCCUGAAAUGGUUCGUUGUCCUCUAGAAAAUGUAGUGUUGAAAGCAAAACUUCUGGAUAUGGGUCGCCCUGAGUCGAUUUUAGCUCUUGUCAUGACUCCUCCUGCCUUAUCCGAUAUCCGCAAUACGGUUCUAAUUUUAAAAGAAAUUGGAGCUCUUUAUAAGAUGGUUGGCGGAAAUUAUGAUCCUUAUGAUGGUGACUUAACGUUUAUUGGACGAGUAAUGGCCUCUUUGCCUAUUGAUGUGCGAAUCUCACGUUUGAUAAUCUUCGGAUACAUUUUCAGCGUCCUGGAAGAAACUAUAAUAAUGGCCGCUGGUCUCAAUGUUAAAAGCAUUUUCGAAUACCCACACACAAAUGGAUUGAAUGCAUAUGCUCAAAAACUAACAUGGUCCGACGGCUCCGGCUCUGACUUGUUUGCAAUUUUGAAGGCGUAUCGGGUCUGGCAUACGAUGAAAGAGCAAAAUAAUUUCGACGACGAAGACGCUGAAAAAGUAUGGGCCCGUCGCUACUUUAUCAACACUCGGCUUAUGCGUGAAGUUAACUUGCUUGUUCGUGAGAUAACUGAACGAUUGCAGCGAGUUCACAUCAGGGAAACAGCCGGCGUGAAUCGUGUUCGUUGGUCGGAAAGGGAGAAGACUAUUGUGUUGAAAAUCGUAAUUGCAGGGGCAUUUUAUCCAAACUACUUUCUGCGUAACUCGUUUGAUCAUCAGUCGUAUGAGCGGAAUACAUACCAAUUGCUUUCUGGACGUAAUCCCUGCAAUACGGUGUACUUCACUAAUUUUGAUUCCAAGUAUAUCGGGCAACUUUAUACGCAGUGCAUUAAGGACAUGUUUAAACAGUGUACGACGAACACAAAAAAUUUGCUUGUAAAUUUUGAAGAAGGAUCGCAAAAAAUUUUCGUCACAUUUCCUAAUGAUUCUGAUUUCGAUCAUCCCGAUGCAUAUAAUUUAGUCCAGUCUGUCCCUGGAAGUGUUCGACCGGAAGUAUACAAAGCAGUAAAAAUGAGGCAGCUUCGAUAUAAUACGUCGCUUAAGGUGAUGGACCCUCACGAGGCAGUCGCCUAUGCGGAAAGAUUGAAUCUCGGAGUUAUGCGUGACGGAAAAUGGAUGCCGCGUAAGAAGAAACUUCUCAAUCCUGAAUUAGCCGUUAUUCCAUCUGUAUACACAAAAAUCGUACGAGGAUACGUGACACAUGUCGAACAUUGCGGGAAGUUCUGGUUUCAACCCUUAUCUGAAGAAGAAAGAUUGAGAGAAAUUGUAGAAGAAUUGAAUGGACAGUACAGCAGCAUUUAUAAAUUUAGAAGUCCUGCGGAAAUUUCAAAAGGGAUGAUUUUGGCAGCUCCAUUCUUUGAGAAAGGCGGCAGGAGUCCAUAUUAUCGAGGACGUGUUGUUAAUUUGGCGAGUCGAGGCUCGAGUGAUAUCUUCUUCCGAAUUUUCUUCAUCGACUACGGCAAUUACAACACAAUUGAAUUCCGGAAGCUGCGAAAAUUCGGCAAUAAUGCUGAUCGUUUGACGGAAAUUCCACCACGUGUAUUCGAAUGUAAUUUGGCCGAAGUUCAACCUUCCUCGAUAAAUUGUCCUCGCGGCCGUUGGAUUGAGGAAGCAAAUGAUCUUAUGCAAAACUUUGUUGAUAAUGCACUUUGUGAAAUAGAGGUAUAUUCGAUUGUCAAUGGAAUAGUCUCCGUUUUCCUGCAAAGGAAUGACAUGCGAUUUAAUGAUAUUUUGGUAAAUAGAGGUUUUGCUCAGUAUGCAGAAGAGAACUAUAUGUCCAAGGCUGACCAUGACAAUCGUAUGCGUAAACAAAGGUCAAUGAAAAUGUAUGAAGAAGACGACUUGGUUGUGAAUGAGGAUUACUUGCGGAAGAUACAAGGUGACGAAGAUAUCUAUACCGAUCCACCAGAUCCCAGCAAAUAUCGAAACAAAAUUGAAUUACGCGGACCACAUAGUGCCCUUGAAACAGGACUAUAUGCAGCAACACGAAUUGGAGGUUUUAAAACUGUUACCAUUGAAAGCCAAUCUGUGAAUUCUGUUUUGUUAGAUACCGACCCUCACGACUACCAUGAAAGGCUUGUAGUCGCAGCAAGCGUUACUGAAACUUUACAGAACAAUAAGAUCACUGCGCGUGCAACAACACUUAUGCCUAAUAUACACGGUUUCGCUCCUCUCAUUGCCAUGAUUUUCUGUCCAUCAAUGGAAAUAAAACGAGAUGCGAACAAGACGCGAUAUGUCUCCAUUCUAUGUGGUCUGGGUGCAGAUCGCAAUAAUGAAGCGGUUUUCGCGGAACAUGACUUAGUUUUCAGUCUAGAUGUUGAAAUAACACCAAGUGAUAUUGAACUGGUGAACCAAAUUCGCUACACCAUGGAUACCUUGUUGUAUACUGAAGUUGGUGCGGAAUUCCCAACGCUACCUCGAAAUAACAAGGCUGAGUUGACUGCAAAAAUAAAGAAUCUAAUAGUGAAACUCUUGGAGAAGCCCCGUAAAUCAAUUGAAGUUCAUCGAGAUUCGAGGGACUAUUUCUGGAAUCAAUACAGUAGCGAAGAUUUGCUAGAGACAACAAGCAUAUAUGGUCAUCGGUCGAUCUUCCCAUUCCAUUCAGCUCUACGAUUAUACAACGAAUCAUUCGAGCAAAUACAAACUUUGCGGAUGAAAAAUGAGGAAAUACAUCGAAUGGCUGAAGUUGAUGCUCCCGUCAAGGAUAUGCGGUGCCCGUUAUGUGAUCAACCAUUGGAGAGUAUUGUUCAGUUGAGAAUUCAUUUACUAUCUCAACUUCAUCGUGAUCGUGAAUACCAAAUUGGGUAUGUUGCAUCGGUGUAAGCUCUUUACUUUAAGCUGACAAUUAACUUACCCCUAUUGUGGUAUCAAGUGAUUUUAAGAGUUCAAUAUAUACUGACUUUCAUUUUCGUUUUUAGUUUGUAAUUUUAUAUUGUUAUUGAAACUAAUGGAGACGUAGAAUUAAUAAAAAAUAAGACGAACUCUA